AUGCUGAUUGGAUUUGAAAAAGUGAGGCAUUCUUCUAUAGUUGUACAUUUUUUAGAAAACAUCAACAUAUUGCUUUGAUAGCUAAUUUUUACCAGACAAUUAACAAAAUGUAAAGAGAGGAACCUCAAGCUUCAAUAUAAUCAGAAAAAAAUCUAUGUGAAUUAUAGAUAUGUGAUAUUUUAAAUGGAGAAAAUAAAUUGAAUUUCAUAAGACUAAUCAUGAGGAAUUUACCACCAAAUUCUCCGGAUUUGCCAGUGACUAGAAAUAUGCCAUUCACCACAAAAAGUGUUCCUAGCAAAGCCCAGCCACGCAAUAUGACUGGUAUUUAUCUUGGUUUGGAAGGGAACAUAAAACCUCCAACUGUAAAAACAACAGUGGGCAUUUCUCCAUUGGCAAGAGGUAGAAGAAUUUCAAAUAGGAUACGCACACCCACAGAACAAAGACGAUAUAGCAAGGAGGAACAAAGAAAGAGAUUGGUAGAGCAACUUAGAAUUAAAGAAGAAAGUCGAGGAUUUGUUGGUCAGCCAUUAAAGCAGCAUCUAUUACAGAGGAAGCAACCAGUGGUUAGUACGGAGAAUUCAAAUUCAAGUCUUUCUCCACGAUCACAGACAGCAAAACAAUGGGGACCAGCAAAACAUGCCAAUAGAAAUGAUUUCUAUGAUCUCAUUAGGACAAAUCCUAGAAACUUUACAGUUGUGGUAAAUAAUGGAGUGACAAGGUCAGAGAAUUUAUCUGGUUUAGCAAGUUACGAUGAGGGGAAUAAUAGUGAUGGCAUGUAUGCUGAAGCAUUGGCAGAUGAGGUGACAAAGAUAUCUACACAUGAUGUAGAAGAUUCAGCUUUAGAGGACUGUUUUAGACAUGUUUGCAAGGGUAAAGUAGAAAAUAUGCAGACAUUAUUACCAUACAGGAAGACACAGCAAUUAAACAGAUCACAAACUGCAUUUAGUACAGGUUUUACUGUAAGGAGUUACAGAAAUCCCAAAAGUGCAGAAAUAAUGGCUAACUUUAAUCAAACUGGACGUCCAAAAACAGUACCAUCACAGCCAAGUCGACCACUGGUACCCAGUCCCUAUUUCUUUAGAUAUUAUAGUAACCCGUAUACAAAAUAUUCAUUAAGUGCUAAAAAUGGAAGGACUACUCCAUCUUCUAAGUUUGAAAAUCAGUUCCAGUCUUUGAAUGGAACGUCUAAAAUAAUGGCAGCUCAAGGUGCUGGUGCUCUGUCUCGUUCAAUCAAAACAAGGUCAGCGUGGAGUGAAACUGAUUUUAGACUCCAUGGAAAAUUGCAUGGUCAAGGACUUUUUUAUCGACCUUCAGAAACAGAUAUUCAGGGUACUCCUAGAGAUAAUAAAGAUGAAGAUUCGAUACAAGAAACGGGAAAACCUGUUCAUAUUUCCAUGAAGGUCGGUGAUGACUGUAAGAUGACAGAUUCUGACCAGAAAAAAGAUGACAUCCAUUUUGGAGUUUCAGACGAGCACGGGAAGGAAUGUGAAGUUGAAAUAGAUGCUCCGGAAGAAGAGCAAGAAGAAGUCAUACCCUUUAGAGGAAAAGUUCGUAAAGCUUCAAUAACUGAUAAAGUUGAAAAGUCGAGAAUAUCUCAAGCCUAUAUUGAUACAAUAAAGGAAGACGCAGAACACAGAAAGAAAGAGCUUGAAAAAAUGCUCAAUGAACAUCAAGAAAUAGUACAAGAAAUAGGACGAUCAUCAUCACGAGACAAUUUAGCAGAAGACAAUAGAGAUCAUUGAUGUUAUAAGUAACUAUGGUUACAAAGACUUAAAUUGAUGUUCUUCCAAAAAAAGGAUUGUUGAUAGAAUUUAUUACGAACAUCAAAAGAAUUACAAUAUAGUUUUUAUUCCACAGUGAAAUGAAAUGGAAUUGAAAAUGGAGUCAUCAAAAUGCUUGUAACUUUAAAUGGAAACUAAAAAAGUUACAUAUCAAAGAGUUGUCCCCCUCUGGAAUAAUGCAUAUGUAUAUUUUUAUUUAAAAGUCAGAAUACUUUGAAACACAUUAUUGUAUUCAUUGUAUAAACAUAGAACCUUCAUAUCAUGUUAAGCCUAGAGACGUGUUUGUAUGCAGAGGAAAUAUGGGUAUAUUAUUUAUAAAUUUUUUAUUCUAUCAUGCAUAUCAAUUAUUUGAGAGUACUUUUAGUUCAGCAUAUUUUUUAUGGUGAUGGUUAGGACACACAGGCAAGAUUAAUUAUUGCAAAUUCAGGAAAUGCUGUAAAGAAAUAAUGCUAUCAAAAUUUAUAAUGCAUUUUUUUAAAUUUUUGUAGAACCUUUCUCCUCACUAAGUUUCGCACAAUAAUAAUAACAUCACACACAUUUCUGAUAUAACAGUACUUUUAAUUCAAACUAAAAGAUGUAGAAAAUGUAUUUAGUUCUGAUGGUUUUUUUGACAAUAAAAAAUUAAAAAUUUCAGAAUCUCAGAAUAGAUUUCUUUUACUGAAACUAAAAAAAAUAUUUCUCUAAUAGGAUUAUAGUUUUUUAAGAGUCAGAUAGAAAUGUUUGUUAAGCUUUUCUCACUCCAAUCUAUGUUAAACAGACCUUUAUUAACUGGAGUCAACACCAGAUGGACAUGGUCAAUUCAUGUUGUUUACCUACCAUUACAUAGAUAUUUAAUGUAGAUUAAUUAUCACUCAGUAAAGAGGGUGGGAAUUGGGUAUCCUAAUGACAACAAAAGCCCACAUGUUGUCAUUUUAAGCAUACUCGUGUAUCAAAAUUUCAGCUAACAGGAAGUAGGAAACUGACAGAUCCUAGAGGUGCUCAUACCUUACUGUCAAGCUGCUAACCAAACAUGAAGUCAUUCUGAGAAAAGUGUGACAAAUAUAUUUGUUGGAAAAACUGAUGGACUGACGUACAGUGUGAUAGCCCCAAAUCCUAGAGUGAUGGUGUAUUUAUAAGGGGUAAAAAUUUUGUUAAAGUAACAUUUAUAAUAAACAGUAUAUUUAUUUAUGCAUAAGAAAAAGAUGAUUUGAUUAUAUAAAACAGGGGCAAAAAUAUAACGAUGAUGGCAUCUAAACAGUAGCUAAAAGGGGAUGUUUGAUGCUUUCUCCAUUAAGGCCAUUCCUACCCUUAGUUCAAUUUUAUAUUUAAAAUGUAACUGAUUACCCCUUUGUGUUAGAAAUAUUCAUUUUGAUGAUUUUUAUUUAAAUCAGCAAAUAUUGCUAAUGUGAGAAAAUUGUUAUUAUACAAUAAUACAUGAAAUUGACCCCUUCCAUCUGUGUUGAACACAAUUAUUAUGGUCAUUUAUGUAAGUUGUUAUUCUGAAUAUAUGUCAAUAUUGAAAGAGAGACCUUUGACAAACACUUCACAGAGUUUAUUAUCAUAAAUUUACAUGUGUCUAGCAAAUAUUCAGCUUUAUUUUAAUUUUAUCAAAAAACUGUGUAAAAAAGUGCUAUGUUGAGACCAAAAUUGCUCAGGUGGGAAUCACGGUCACCAUGAGCAAGCUGUUUCACCUGAGCAAUAUUGAUUUCUAUGCCUUAACUGUUUUUUAUAUAGCUAUAGAUAAAAUUUAAAUAGGGUAAUACAUACAUGAUUUUGCUUCUAAGUAUGCAAACUGCAUUGACAGUUCAACAUUUUUUUUUACUAAGAGCUAAUGUCUUCAAAUUUUGAAAAUGUAAUUUAAUAAAAAUAGGAGUGUGAUUAUAUGUCCUUAUUCUCUGUGCAUGAAAAUUUAGCACACUUAAAGAGAAAUGAUGAUAUUUUUAGAAUUUUCAUUGUUUAAUUAAUGUAUGAAUAAGAAAUGUGAAACAUUUUUGUGUAAACUGUCCAGUAGAAAUGUUUUUAUAUGUAUAUAUAACAUUGCCUGUGGUUAUAAUAAGCAUUCAUGCUGUAUUUGUCCAGUCAUUCAUUAACAGUAUAAAGUGAAUUUUCUUCAGAUGCUAUUACGAACAUUGUUUGACAGGAUUUUUCUUAAGCUUUUUGCUCAAAGGCAGCUGCUGCUGCUUUUGUUGUUGCCACUUAAUGAUAAAUUUGAGCAUAAAAUCAAUUGACUGCUUUUUGUAUGAGUGGACAAACUAAUUGGAUAAUAUUAGGUACGGAUAUGUUUCUUUUGUAAUUCCUUAUUUUUGGAAUUGUGUACGACAAAUCCAGGAAGUAAAAAUCAAAAUGGCUAUAUAGUAAAUCAAUAUCACUUUAAUGAAAGAUUUCUCUUUGGUGAAUAAAAGAAAGAAGGAAUUUAUAAACAAGACAGAAAAUCUAGCUUCACCCUAUUGAUGAUUCUAGACUCCUUUAGGUCUAUAAAUCUUAAUAUGGAAUGUUACUAUAUAGAUCUUCCUUUAAUUUUAAUUUUUUCAACAACUUGACUUUUUCUGUAUGAACAUUCACAACAAAGUUGUAUAUCCUUCAAGAUAUUAAUUUCAACAACCACUUUUCUAUAAAUAGCUCAUGAAAUUUAAAUUGGAGUAACUUUUUUUUCUAACAAGAAUAUUGGUGGUUUACACAUGAAGGGUUUCUGCUGUAAAAUAUAAAUUUAGGUUGGUAGUAUAUUACACUUAAAUUUUGAAGCAUUCAGAACAUCCUGUUUUGGCUAUUGGAUUUUGAAAAUGUAUUGUGUGGAAUCUUAGUAGCAAAUUUAAAAAAAACUUUAAGCUAUUAAUGAUGAAAAUUUAAAAAUCAAAAAAAGUAAUAUACCAGAAUUUGUAUUUUACUCUAUAAUAUCAGUCUUCUUUAUGUUUACUGUAAAUUAUUGAAAAAAUGUUAACCUUUGGAGCUUUGGCUGGCUAGAUGUUAUUGAACCUAUGUUCUAUAGUAACACUGUUGCAGAAUUUUCUCGGUUAAUCUUAAAAUGAAAACAUCCAGACCACAACACCUGAGGUUCAUAUCUUAAAUUUCCAGUUUUUAAUCAUAUUGACAGUGUUGUAAUUAAUAAUGUGAUUUGCUAGAUCAGCUUAUCUGUAGACUUUAAACUGUAGUUGGUCUUAAGUUUGUGCUUUCCCACAUGAAUAUGCUUUAAUUGUGACUUCCUUUAUAGAAAUAUGAUAAUAUAGCAAUAAGAAAAAAAUAAUCAUGUUUAUUCCUUUAAGGAAAAUUUGUAGGCAAGUAUAUUGUAAUUAGCAUUUACAGCAUAAACCAUCCAUGUGUUUACCUUUUUCUUUGAUAAUGGUUGUUAAAUUUACAUUGUUACAAGAGCAUUUUAGAACAUUAACUAGCUAAUUGCCUUACAGGGACUUUGGCAAACCCUCUGUGAUUGAAUCUUUACACCAUCAUGAUGGUUUUUUAAUUUCCCAUAAUUCAUGUUUCAGUGGGCAAAUAUUUUUAAAGAAAUGUCUUAAUUUAUUUGUAAACUUACUAUUCUACAGUUUUUUCCUAUUUAUUAAAUAAAUUAAGCCUAUAAUUUCGAAAUAUAUAUAUUAAAAAAACGAAUCAAGCUGUUUUACUUUUGAUGGCCUAUUCUUUUGCAAUCUAAAUGCAAUUGACCACUUGCAAGAAAAUGAAUAUAUGAUUGGUUUAUAUGCUAUUACUGUAAGAUAUGAAUUUAAAAUGGUGGUUACCUAUGAUGACAGUUUUACCAAGCUGAAAACACUGGAUGAUAUUUUAGUUAAGUAUUUUUUUUAGCAAAAUUUGUUAAAAUAGCUGUAAAAUCCAAAGGGGGGAUAACUCUCAAACACCCUAUUAUAUUUGUACAAACUCCAUGAUCAUGAUAGUUGAUGAAAAUUUUUGAAUAAAAUUAAUUUAUUUUAAGAAAUGUAAAUAUUUUUGAAUUGUAAAUAAAUUCAAACCAUUGUGUCAUUCAUAACCAUUCUACAUUGUUAACAAUCAUUCCAGCAUUUCAUUUCUGUACUGUUCAUAUCUAGCAAAGUAACUACCAUUGCCAAGAAACAAUUGUAUAUUAUACGGUUUCAGGUGAAGUGUAGAGGGCAUACAUUCUCUCUUUGUUUGGAGAAAAAUGUUUUGCAGUAAAUCGUAAAAAAAGAAAUUUGGCCAGCUUUACUUGCCCCUAUUUUUACCGGGGCACAUUUGGAUUGAAAAAAAUGUGAUUUCUUUUUGCGUAAAAUCAUUAAAAUUUACAUGAAAGUCUUUUUCGCGUUAAUACAAUAGAUUCCACCUUCUGGGUUAAUGUCAAGCUUCUUCAUCAUUUUCUAAAUUCUCCUUUGUUUGAAUCUUGAAUGGUUCACCACAGAGACAAAAAUAAAUCUCACUAUACUUACUUUAAUGUCCAUGAAAUGCUUUUCUGGAAGAAGAAAAAAAAUUACCAGGCAGACCAGUAUUGACAUUUUGACUCUUGAGAAUUAAGUUAUCUCUAGAAAUGUUGGAUUUUUAUUUAAACAUACAUAUUUUCAGAUUAUCAUUACAUGCACUUAAAACUGAGAACAUAUCAAAUUUUUAGAAUUUUCUUAAAGAUUUGUUUCAUAUGCAUUAUGCACUUAUGUACAUAUCUUUUUAUGAUCAAUUUAACUUUCAAAUUGUGUUUUCACCUUGAAAAAUAUUUUUAAACAAGUCUAGGUGCAAAUUUGAACAUUAAAUAGGGAAAAUAAACUUUCCUGAAUAUUUCUCUUUAGCUUUUCAUUGUGUUUUCACCUUGAAAAAUAUUUUUAAAAAAAGUACAGGUGCAAAUUUGAACAUUAAAUGGGGAAAAUAAACUUUCCUUUAUUUUUCUCUUUAGCUUUUCAUAAUGUUGCCUUUAUGUUCUCAAAAGAGUUAUUUGUUAAGCAUGCUGGUAAUUUUGGUCAUCAGGUUAGUCUGUUUAUUCAAAGUAAUAUUGAAAAAAAGAAAUGAACUGACUUACAGGACAAGUAAAAUUACCAGACUCUACGGUACUGUGGAUUCAUUUAUUUUUGUGGGUACCAAUUUUCGUGGAUUGCGGAAAACAGGCCUUUUUGUGGAUACGUGAUUUCAUGGUUUUGCCAAAGUCUGCAUACAACCUAAUAGAAAUUUGUUUUUCGUUGAACAUUUAAUUUCGUGGUUCACCUGUACUAAUGAAACCAACGAAAUUUGGUAUCCAACAAAUAAUACUGAAUCCACAGUAUGUAGUUCUCUAUUGAUCUAUUACUUAAGCUCAUUAAAAACAUUUCAUUUGUUUUGUCCAGACAAGGCUAUGUGUAAACUGUACACAUUCAUAAGUCAGUCUUUUUUGACAGUAGCAAUGUAUACUGUUGUAGAACAAUAACUAUGAACUACAUAGAAUAUUAUAUAAUACAUGCAUUUCCGUUUUAAGUGCAUUUUGUUAUUGCAUUUAUUCAUGUGACAAUUUGUCAUUUUAGAAUUGUAUAUUUUGAUGACUUGAGUGAUGUAUUAUAUCAUAUAACAUUUUAAAAUAUUAAUCAUUAUACAUACAAUUCUUUCGUAAUUGUAUUGAUUUAAAUUGUCAACAUGUACAUUUUUUUUACCCAGCCCAGCUGACAGAUGAUGUGACGAUAUACCCAUUGUACAACAGUUUCAGUGUCUCAUUUUUGUUCCCAUUCUCUGCAAGAAUUGUGGUGUACUCAGAAUGACGUGUUAGAUCUCAAAUAUCUGUGUUUUUGUAUUAAUUGAUUAUAUUCUUAUUCCUAGUUUGGCUUAGACUUGAUUGUGGCACAUUACAAUUAGUUGUUGAGUGUUUUAAAAUUUGCAAAACAAAUGGGACUUGCUGAUGGUCAAACUUUAAGAUUAUCAUUGAACGUGUAUGUUUUAUCUCAGGUGAUAAUUUAUAAUACACAGGAAGUGUAUUUGAUUUUUAAGAGAUAUAUAUUGAAUAUAUCAAAUUGAUGCAGUUUUGACUGCAAUUUCACCAAAUUCUGUAAAAAGCAUAAGCCUAUGCAUACGUUUUACAACUGGAUAUUCAAUACUAUUGGAAAGUAUAUCCUAUGUGGAAUGCACAUUGAGUUAUCUCCCAUAUCUCAGUAUUUUUAUUAAAAUUUUCAUUGAAACUCCAGUAACCUACAAUCAAUUAUUUUGAUGCUUUAAAAAUAAUAAUCCUAUUGUUCCAUUCCUAGGAAAGAUAUGUAAACAACAUAUUAUAGAUAUCUUUUAUCAAGCCGUGUGUUUUGAUUUAUUUUUUUUCUCGUUUGUGUUCAGCUUACAUUUUCUUUUCUAAGUAUAAAAUGAGUCAACAAGAAGUAUCCACUGGAUGUAAAGCAACCAAUGAUUAAUCUAUCAAGUUAUAAAACAGCUUUUGUUUUUACAACAUUGAAUUGUUUCAGGACUUUAGGGAGCAACCAUUUCAUUUAUGUGCUGUUGGGUGAGAAAUUGCUUUUACACUCACAAAUUUUUUUCACAAAAUUUACAAAACUUUGCUCUUUUUUUUUUGCUACAGGCACAUUCAGUUUUUUUUUAUUUUGAUAUAUUGAUAGAUUUUUUUGUGAUCAUGGAAUUGUUCUUAAUGUCUUUGCCUUCCCUUACAAAUUCAAUUGUUGCUCCCUUUAUACAAUGUUAUAUAACUCCCUUGCUGAGAUAAAUUCUUUCUAUUCUGUUGUCAAGACUGUUAACCAAUGGGACAUAAUAUUGUAUGUUUUUUUUAUUGAUGAUAGAUAUAAAACUGAAAACAAAUAUAAUUCAGUUUUUCCUUGCACAAUUAAUAAAAAUAUUUUAUGUA